CCGUGGAGAUUAUUACAAAGACUGUUUUUUAAGUAGUGCGACGAUAAAUAGGCAUAUGUUUGACAUGGGUUAGUGUUAAAUAACUUUACAUUACGAGCUAAUUUUAUCCUGGCUGUAGAAACUAUAUCACUGACGCUCUCUAGCUUCAGUUGCAAGAGUAAAAAAUUUGUGUCGCAAGCCAGUCCUCAGUCUGCCCUAGUUUCAAGCAGAUGACACUCGACUAAGAGUAUCUUCAUUUUAGAGACUAGUUGUCAUCCGCCUCUAAAAUGCAUGAGGUCCAGCCCAGCUAAAAUAUCAUCAAAACCUACGAUCCCUCAUCGACCUAAUUUGUUCUUCAGUUGCAGUGUCCAGAUACCCCUUGCCAAUUAAUGGUCAAAUUACCUGUGCUCUUGUUGUCCACCUAUUUGAGAACCACUGAUAUCAAGUACAAAGCAUCAAAUCCAGCCGAGCUGCCGUCCAUUGCUAUGUGAGAUGUCAACCUUCCUCAUCUACGAAUCGCCUUGGUCCUUGGAUACCCUUCUUUUCGCCUGCUCCUCGAUGGCCUUCUGAAGCCUGCGACCCCCUACUCCCCGGUCAGCACUUCAGUUUCCGGCGGAUGUCAUCGUUGCCCCUGCACUUCUUGUUCUGGUGCCACAACGACGACUGCACUCCAGGGGGCAGGCUAAUCUGAAACAUGCUCCAGCACUCCAGCAGUAGCAUGCAACGCAGCUCACAGAGGAAACAGACGCUACCUUCCAGCAUGCACUGAGGCAAAGGAAGCCAGAGAACAGCCGCACCAAAAGUCUGAAAUGUGCAGCGGCUUCACACGUUUCUCCCUAAACUAACUGAGCUGCCGUCUGUCCUGCAAAGACAUUCAAAGACCCUGCUGAUCACAAGCAGGCAGAGCAGCGCCGGCCGGCUUGGAUGUGAGGUGGAAGCUGCAGAGAUGCGGAGAGUUCGAAGAAAAGGGGCCAACAAAGAGAAGGUGUUUGGAUGUGAUCUGCUGGAGUAUCUGACCACCUCCUGUCAGGAGAUUCCCCUGGUGCUGCGAUGCUGCAGUGAGUUUGUUGAGGAGCACGGGGUCGUGGAUGGAAUCUACAGGUUGUCUGGAGUGUCGUCCAACAUCCAGAAACUCAGGAGCGAGUUCGAGAGCGACGGCAGUCCGGACCUGAACAAAGAUUUAUACCUGCAGGACAUCCACUGUGUCAGCUCCUUGUGCAAGGCUUACUUCAGAGAACUGCCCAACCCGCUGCUCACCUACCAGCUGUAUGACAAGUUCGCUGAGGCCGUGGCCAUUCAGUUAGAGGAGGAGAGGCUGGUGAAGAUCAGAGAUGUGCUGACAGAACUUCCAGCUCCACAUUAUAGAACUCUGGAGUAUCUGAUGCGUCAUCUGGUCCGAAUGGCCUCGUAUUCUGCAGAGACUAACAUGCAUGCUCGAAACCUGGCCAUCGUCUGGGCUCCCAAUCUGCUCAGAUCCAAGGACAUCGAGGCUUCUGGGUUCAAUGGCACAGCGGCCUUCAUGGAAGUCAGGGUGCAGUCCAUCGUGGUGGAGUUCAUCCUCACUCAUGUCCCUCAGCUGUUUCCUGGAGAAGGUGCUUCAGGUGAAAGGAGGAAGUCCCUCCCCUCUCCGUCUGCAAUGUACAGUCAGGACAUGCUGUUCCAGAAGGCCAGCCACAUUCAGCCUUCAGCAAACUUUGGAAACAUCAGUCCAGGAGAUGGUCCUCUUCCCAUCAGACCCUAUCAUGCUAUCAUCGAAGGCACAGACAAGAGAAAAGGAUCCCUGAAAGGCAGGAAGUGGAUGUCCAUCUUUAACAUUGGAGGACGAUUUCAAGAGACACGGAAAAAGCACAAAAGCUCCACUAAGGAAAAGGAGAAGGUGGUUUUAAGACCUGCCAGGAGCAUGGACUCACUCAGCACCCCAGCAUAUCCAAAUGAAGGGUCCAGGCGUUCUGGCCAGCGACCGCCGUCCAACAUCAUUACUCCCAUCCUCCCUCCUUCCUCCCAGUCUGUCUCAAACAUUGCACCAGCUGCCGGUGGGAUGGGUGGUAGUGAAUAUGCCGUGACCUACCGCAGAGGAACAGGUUUAGUCAGCGGUGGUGCUGGUACCAUGGGUACCUACACAGCUAUUGACCCAGAGGGUUUGGGUCUACCGAGCAGUGAGGUUGUCCAGGCCAGAUCGCCGGGUCUGAGCAGUAAAGUUGGACGUAGAGCAGCCAUGCACAUCACAGGCCCCACCACUGUUACUGUGCCAUUACACAUCACCUCUAACCUGGCUUUAGGGGUUCUGCAAGGAGCAGGGAGUGACAGACUCAUCCACCGAGGGAAAGAGAAGGACUUAGGUGAUAAAGUAGAAGGCAAGGAGGAAGGAGACAAGCUAGAAUCAAAGGAACAAAGAGGAACAAAGAGUAUAUCUGAGGGAAGCAGAGAAGUUGAGGAAAUGCAGGAAAGUCAGAGCGCGACACCACAGGGGCAUGAAGGGGAUAAUAGCAGUGGUAGUGGAGUCAAAAGAGGAGGAGACAAGGAGGUGAAGAGUUUAGCCAAGCAGGAGCCGACGAUGGACGAUCAAGGAGCUUCCAGAGAACAACGAACUAAAAGCUUUAACUCCAGAACAAGCAACUCAGUUGGAGACCAAGAAGAUGGCAGCGAAUACAUCGACAUGAAAGGACCGGGGAAGCUGGAGGACGGGUCUGGACACGAUGGGGUGUUUGAUGCCUCUGACAUCCUGAACUCCACAGAAGGGGAGGGCUCCGACAUUGAGCUGUCUGGUUAUGUUCAAGAUAACUUUGAUUUUCUGGACCACAUGGACUGUAGCGUCCUAGACCACAUGGACUCCAGCACCCCCUAUCAGGUAAAUGAGUUCUCUGUUGAGCCUCCUGGACACUCUGAGGAUGAGUAUGAGAUGAUGGAGCAAGCUCAGUCUUCCCAGGAGGCCGCCACGCCCGUUCAUGACCUGAACCCCAACAGUGGGGCAGAGCUGAAGCCACACAGACCGCUCAGCCUCGACCUGCACAGUCGACACACUAAAUCCCUCAGCCUGCCCCACAUCACCCCGCCCAUCCACAGACAGCCGGAGUCCAGCUCUGAAGAGGAGGUGUCUGUAGAGGAAGACAGUCAUGAUGAAGAUUACAGCAGUGGGGAAGAUGAGAGCAUGUUUGUUCAAAGCCUUCCAGCAGAUUUCCUUCUGUCGACUUUAUCUGGGCUUGAACUAGACGUGGAGGAACCCAAAUGUUCCCAACCUGACCAGAGUCAGGUACGGGAGGUACCGAGCUCUGAGGAAAAACACUGCCCGCCACCCAGCCCGGACCUUCCCCCAAACAAAGAAACAUUAACCAGCGAUGAAGAGCCGGAAGAAGGGGUUGAAGAGGAAGACAAAGAUGAACCAGAAGAGACAGAAGAUCAAAGGAUGGAAAUGGAAAACAAAAUAGAAAGCAAAGAAGCAGAAGAGCACCUGAGUGUCACGAGAGAUGCUCAAAGCCAAAAACCUCAGACUUCAGAGACUUUGACGGCUCACUGUGUGGAGUUUCCAUCAAGCGAAAAUGAGGAUGAGUCAAACCCUGCAGCUGAAACACCGAACGAGGACAAUGAUGACAUUUCUCCCAUUGACUCAUUACCUGAAGUGCCUCUUUGUAUCCCACAACCAGAAACUGUUUCUCCAGAGAAGGUCAGAGAAACUUUAGUGAGUCCAAAAGAACCUCCUGGGGGCGAUGCCCCAAAAGGUGAAGAUGAAUGUCAACAAUCUGAUUUGGAAAUGACAGAAAGCACCGAAAACGCGUGUCAAGACUCAAUUAUUAAUGAGCAGGAGAGUGAAACGUGGCGGGAAAAUCAUGACCUUUGGAAUGACCUUGAGGAUGUUGUAUGUGAGGUGAUAGAGGAGAGGGAAAAAGAACAGUCUGAGGCUGAAGCCACUCACGUCAUGAAAGAGGAGACGGAGGACGAGCAGACAGGAAGUGGUUCAGAAGAGAAAUGUGCAAAAGCCGAUGAAGCUGAAAAAAACAAGUCUGAGGUUAGAGAAGAAUCGGAGGGAGAAACUGUGAAGAUGCCAGAAGGAGAGUUCACAAACUCAUCAGCAGGUAAAGCAGAAAAAGCAAACCAAGAGACUUGUGGAUCGACUGAAGAAGAUGGAGAUCAUAACAGAGAAACAGAUAAAGAGCAGAAAGACAAAGAGCUGGAUGAUGAGCAAAGCAUAACGCAGCAAAGUGAGGAUAAACCACCUUCAAUGCCCAAAUUCAGGCCAAAAGACAGCAACGACUCUGGAAUGGAUGAAAUCAGCAUCCGAGGCGUUGGGAGGAAGCUGGUAGUGUCCAAACAGCCCAAAGUUUAUCAAGCCAAAGCUGUGCCUGUGGUGCCUCCUAAGCCUCAGCACUGCAAAAUCACCGCCUUGACCCUCCGUCAGCAGCAGCAGCAGCAGCAGCAGCACCAGAAAGAGAGGCUGGAGGCUGACAAAGGCAAAGACGGCCUGCUGAGGGUCCAGCCAGAGCCAGACAAGGAGGCGAGAGAUGUUGCAGAGGAGAGCCUGGAGAGACAGGAGAGGCAGUUGACCCUCAGGGAGAGAAGGAGAGAUGGGGCUGAAGGUGUCAUGAGAGACAGCAGUAGUAGAAACAGUCCCCUCAGCCUGUGUUUUGAUGAGGCCGUUGCCAUGGCAACAUUGAGGAGAGAAAAAGAGCGUGCGCGCGAAGGAGAGGCCGAUGUAGACAGACUGGGAAAGUAAAAAAUACAUCAUAAAGAUCUUAUUUGUAAGUACAGUUGAUUUAAAGCAUUUUUUUUACUUGUUGGAUACAUUAAAAGUCUGAUUUUAUGUUGAAUGAUGAUUCCACCUAAGUGGCAUCAAGAAGGUUCUGUCGAAUGCAACUAAAGAUGAGAAUCUGCUGUGGACGAAGGCGAUCUGCACAGACGAGCUCCAAAGAUUUUUUCCUAAGGUUUUGUUCUUAAAACUUGACAACAAGUUUAAAGCAUAAAGUGACUACUUAAAAUAAGUAUAUGCUCUGCACCAGGAUGAUAAAUCCAAAGAAAUAACUUUACAAAACAAAAAAAUAAACUUUUAUAGCAGUCUUCUCUUUAAAAACCCCAAAAUCUUUUGAAAAGUCCCUUCUCUCUGUUAGCACUAGAUAUCUGAUCUUGUAAUUUGUAAUUACUGGUGUCAAAGUGUUUGUACAUAAACACCUUAAAACACGAGCAGGUGGUUUGAAGUUGAUGUUUAGUUUUUUUGUGAAGUGAUCCAGGUUGGUGUUUUAAAAAAUGUGAAUAAAAUAUUUUUCAAAGAUUCA